AUGGAUAAUCUUUUUGAUAUAUUCAAUUCUCGAUCAAAUUCAACUGAAAUAAAUAUUGAAGAAGAACCAUCCAAUUCCAAAUGUUUUUGUCUACCUUUUACUGGUGCUGAUUUUCAAGUAAAAUUCCUAAAAUCAAUGUUUGAAUAUUUUAAGUGUUUAACUGUUAAACGUUAUAACACAGUUAAAAAUGAAUGGGUAAUUAUUAAUAAAAGUUUUAACAUAAAAUUCAUUAAUGGAUGGUUAGUAUCAAUAGCAGGUUUAUUAAGACUUUUUCAAAAUUUACAAAAAGAACAUCCUAGAGAUUUAGUGCUAUAUACUAAUAGAACGAAUCAAGAUUGUCUUGAAAACUUCGAGCUACAGUUAUGUUAA